CAGAUUUGACAAAUUAACAAUAAGCGAUUUGAAUGUGACUAUUAUAGAAUCUAGUGGAAAAGUUGAUGUUUAAAAUGAUUUCAAAAUGACUGCGAUUUUAAAUAAAAGUAGUAAACGGAAGCUAUCCAUAGAUAAUGCUAACGACAGUCGGGAUACGCAGUGUUGUAAGAGAAUUUCGUAUUUCGCAUGUAUGUGUGGUGUUAUAUCGUUGGUAUUACAGGCUUAUAGUUAUGUGGAUAACGUUGAAAUUAAUAACAAUUUCGAUAUGGAAAGUGAUGUGAUGAAAAGUGUUAUCGAUAUAAAAUUAGAAGAGAAAAUUGAAGCAUAUUUACGUCAAGUGACCGGUACUUCGCAUAGGCUAAAAAGGGAUGCAAUGCUCAAAACAUCUUCAGUCAUGCAAGAGGACUACACGGAGGGGCCGCACGUGGAAUUCUUCGAUCCCAAGAUAAAGUCUCAAUUGGAGAUGAAGGACACCAAUGAGAUGAAGCGGACUGGAGCCAAGGGUGCCGCUCCUGGUGGAGACACCUGGGUUUGGCUGACCAGUUACUCAAGAGUACCAUACAAAGUUGUGCAAGGGUUUUGCAAAGCCACGCAAGAUUACUGUCCACCAGGAGUGCGAGGACCUUCUGGACCUGCUGGACCUACAGGACCCAAAGGCGAAAGAGGAGAUCCAGGUUCUCCUGGCACAUCUGGUAGUCCCGGAUUAAGAGGACCUGUUGGACCCCCAGGGCCAAAAGGAGAACGUGGAUUUCCUGGUAACCCGGGGCUUGAUGGACGAGAUGGAGUGCCUGGUGAACCGGGCUUGGAUGGUCUUUCUGGCAGAAAUGGGGCAGAUGGGGCGCCUGGGAAGGACGGGCGUGAUGGCAUCCCGGGCAAGGAUGGGAGCCCCGGGAAAAAUGGGAAGGACGGGAAAGAUGGCAGACCUGGAGCGCAAGGCCCCCCAGGUGUUAGAGGGUCGAAAGGCGACCGUGGCCCUAUAGGGCCUAAAGGCCAAAGAGGCAAUGACGGAAAAGACGGGGCUCCGGGGAAACCAGGAUUGUCAAUCUACAAUUACACUAAGGAAAACCAGAUGUUCAUACCUCCUACUUUUGCGUUGGAUAAUCCUAGAUUGAUCGUCAGGGAAGGCGAUACAAUGCGUAUAGACUGCAACCCCAAAGCUUUUCCUGAGGCAGCUAUAGAGUGGAGGAGGGCAGACGGCACUCCUAUUAUACAGGGUUCCUGGCGGGACGCAUCUGUGAGUGGCCACGUGCUGAACAUCCCCAACGUGUCGCGCUGGCACACUGGCAAGUAUGUUUGCCUUGCCAACAAUGGCAUGCAGCCGCCGGCCAACCAAACCACGGAUGUCGAAGUUCAUUUCAGUCCAUAUAUAAGGGUGCCGAAUAACAUUCUCUACGUACCGCAUAACAACAAAACCGCUAAAAUUGAAUGUGAGAUCCAAGCGUGGCCUGAACCUGUUCUAGCGUGGGAAUGCGAUGGACUUACUCUAGAGGGUUCCCGUUUCAAGACUGAUGUUGCCACAACCGGGGAUCCGUGGAGAUGGAUCAUGAAACUUGAGAUUGCCAGCUUCAGAGAACAUGACCUAAGGCUUUAUAGCUGUGUUGCGAAAAAUGAACUUAAUAACAAAACAGUUAAGGGUCAUAUUAAGUUGAUGUAUGCUGGGCCCAAUCAGCAGAACCAGAUCCAGCAGCCAAUGGAGUUCGGCUCCCCACCUCCCAUCCUUACUUCCUACGAGGAGCUGUGCAAGGUUCAGAAAUGUCCAUCAUGUCCUCGCUGUGAUCGUGCUUUGCUCCUGAUCUCCACUAUGAACUCUACAGCUGGAUAUAAGUUAACCAGGAAUCUCAAUUGUCAACUGUAUGCCAUCGGUAAACCUGUCUACCAUCGAUAUAAAGAAGAAUUGUUUGGGGCAUGGUUAAGAGAUUCAAAUGCCUCCGAUAGUCAGAAAGAAAAACUCUGGACAACUCAAGAGAAUGACGUGGAAAGACUGAGGGAAUACAGAAGCAAAGCAAGCUUCAAGUCCGACCAGGUUGAUGAGUUUCAUAAGCUACAGAAGCCAUUUUUUGGAAAUGGUCACAUAGUGUACAGUGGAUCGUUCUUCUACCAGGCAAACGAAUCAGGGCACCCAGGUGAUAUCAUUCGCUACGAUCUCACUCAGAGUAGAAUCAAAUCCGUCCACCUGCCUCACGCCGAUGGAAGGCUAUAUGCGGGCCAGCACAAUCAGGUGGAUUUCAGUGCAGAUGACAAUGGUCUGUGGGCAAUUUAUUCGAUGGCAGAAUCUAACAACACUGCAGUAGCUAAACUGAGCUUCGACCCCAACAAAGACGACUUCAACAUCAAUCAUAUUUGGAACAUAUCGUUGAACCAUAAACAAGUGGGAGAAAUGUUCAUAGUAUGCGGGGUGCUAUACGCGCUGGACUCGGCCACAGAACGGGAGAGCAAAGUAACAGUAGCUAUUGACCUGUACCUAAGCAAGCCCGUGGAGGUGUCACUGCAGUUCACAAACCCGUUUAGAAAGACAACGCAGCUUGGAUACGAUCAUAACCACAAGGAGCUGUAUUCAUGGGACCGUGGCAACCAGUUAACUUAUCCAGUUAGAUAUAACGAGAUACCUUAACCAUUGUAGGUAGUUAAACUUAAUUCGUGUCUUUACUAUAUUUUUUCUAACGUGUUAGUAAGGUAACUGUAAUUGUAUAAUAGGUAAAAUGUAAUUUGAAAAGAACAAAAAACUAUGACCCACCAAAGUUCCGCAUAAAAGUUCAAUAUAUAGUCUAGUCGAAAAGUUGAAAAUGGUACAAAAUAGAGAUACUGCUCUU